AUGACUAGCAGCUAUGAGAGAAAGAGUUUCAGCAGAGAUGAGUGGAAGGAAAAUGUGGGAAAGAACCAACUACCAGCUUCAGGGGAGCCUUCAGUGCCCCAUCUAUUGUUAAACUAUUUUGUCAGUAUGGCUUUUGAAGAGUCUAGCGUUAGAAUGGCUAGGGAGCUGGGAUACAUUAGUAAUAAUAGAGAAGCUGAAGAGUUUAAUGAAUUGUAUAGGGUUAGGGAAAGGGCACACAUCAUAUCUUUGAUCAAAUCAGGACGAGUUGCAGAGGCAAUGGAAAGGAUAUCGGAAGUGUUCGGUACGGAAGUGUUAGAGGACGAGUCUGGUGAAGAGGAUUUGCACUUUAAAUUACUUCUUCUGAACCUGACUGAGAUGAUUAGAGAACAUAGACAGGCUCCACCUAACGGAGGUGAAGAUUCUCAUGAAUUUAUUCUUAAGCUAGUUGAAUAUUCUCAACAGAAACUAGCGAUGAAGGCAGCUUCGAGUAAAACCCACAUGCAGGAAUUAGAACUAGUAAUGACAUUAUUAUUAGUACCACACGAUGGUGAAGUAAACAAGUUACCACGGUCUUUGAAGGGUCUUUAUAGUUUGCCACUAAGAGCUCAAGUGGCAGAAAUGGUCAAUCGUAGGCUGUUGAAAUCGAUGCAUUCUCAUGUGGCAGAAGGUAAGUACCCUGAUUUGGUUGGUGGGACCGGUAUUAACAGCGGCAGUCGUUACACCGGCGUUUUACGUGUAAGGCCUAGGGAAGAUAUUGCAAAAGAGUUGACGACUCACCGUUUGGGAGAGAUUAGAGAUGAGAGUAACAAUCCUCAUAACGACGGCGGUGAUUGGGCAUCAACGGCUAAAUUACUCGGCGGCGAAGACGAAGGUGAACAAAGGUUUGAAGCAAGACUGAUCCAAGUUAUGAAAUUAUGGGCAUGGUGUGAGAACCAACUACAUGGAGGUGAUAUCGGUGUACCUAGGGUAGAAUCUUAA